AUGCAUCUACUGGAAAUCUCUUCAGUGCUGGCCAUUGGGCUGGCGCUUUUGACUCCUGUCUAUGCAGUUCCGACCAGUGGAAAUGUUUGCACUGUGAAGGCAAGAGGUCACCAAAAGGAUGACGUUGAAAACAUUUUACAGGCAUUUAAGAAGUGCGAUAACGGUGGCACCGUGGUUUUCCCCGAGGAUCAAUCAUACUGGAUUGCGACGCGAUUGAACCCAGUCCUUAAUGAUGUUAAAAUCGAGUGGCGCGGCAAAUGGACAAUCACCAUUGAUGGCUAUGGAACAGGCGGAAUUGAUGGAAACGGAAAUGUGUGGUACGAUGCGGAGGAAGGGACUACGCAGCCAGGGCGACCAAUGCCAUUUGUGUUUUGGAAUGUGUCGGAUGUCAACGUGGAGAACUUCUACGUGAAAGAUCCACCGCUGUGGAGCUUGAACAUUAUGAACGGCAAAAAUAUGCGUUUCAACAAUAUCAUAUGCAAUGCUACCGCAGUGAAUGCGCCGUAUGGGGAGAAUUGGGUACAGAAUACAGAUGGCUUCGAUACGAUGGAUGUGGACAAUGUUCAACUCACCAACCUGGUAUAUCAAGGUGGGGAUGAUUGUAUCGCGAUCAAGCCACGUUCCUACAAUGUCGACAUUCGCAAUGUUACCUGCCACGGAGGAAAUGGCGUUGCGAUUGGAAGCUUAGGGCAGUAUCUGGAAGACUCGGGUGUGGCCAAUAUUCUAGUCGACAACGUGAAGAUCAUUCGACGCAAUAAUGACAUGGAAAACGGCGCCUACAUCAAGACAUGGAUGGGCGGCCUCGUGCCCCAGAGCUCGUAUGAAAGUGCCGGCCUUCCCCGUGGCGGUGGCUGGGGGAGUGUGCGCAAUGUGAUAUUUUCGAAUUUCGAACUGGAUGGUCCCAGCUCCGGAAUUGCCAUAACUCAAGACAGUGGUGACAAUGGUUCAUACGUUGGAACGAGUAAGAUGAGCAUUUCCAACGUUGCGUUUGUGAACUUCACAGGAUAUAUCGACAGGGACUCGACUAAAGUCGCGUCGGUAUCCUGUUCCAAUCUGCAUCCAUGCUAUAACAUUGACUUUGACAAUGUUGUAUUAUAUCCCGAGAACACCACCACUCCAGGCAUAGGAUCUUGCUCUUACACAGCCGAUGAUGGGGUGCAUGGGCUCGAAGGAUGCUAG